UUUUUAUUAAAAAUAAAAUUAAAGUAAUUUAAACAACAAAAUGGAUCGUCAUAAAGCUGAUUGUUGCAAAUGUCACAAGUAUGUGCAGCCAGCUCAGCAGUCAUUAAGCGAUAUGGAUUUUGAUCGUGGUAUUUGGAAUGCAGUUAUUUAUAACGAAGUAGAACGCGUUAAAGAUUUUAUAGCCAAAGGCAAAACAAUGGAUCGUGAUAAUUGUGAUUACACGGCUUUACAUUAUGCGGCGCGUAAUGGUAAUGUCGAAAUUUGUAAAUUACUUUUGCAAGAUGGAAAAGCUGAUAUCAAUGCUGUUACCAAAGGAGGGGCAACGGCAUUACAUCGUGCUGCGAUGAUGGGUAAGUGUGACAAUCACCCCUCUUCUGCAUUUCGAUUACGUUUACACAUUCCGUUACGCAAUGAUCGAAAAAAGGUAUUCCAAAAAAAAACUGAAUCGUAAGAAAAAGA